CUGAAACCUGGACCCCGUGCAAGCGGCCGCGCGGGGAGGAGGGGGAGGCGGGUCCGAGCGCGGGAUGGGCGCCGAGGAGGAGCUGUGAUCCCGCGCACCCCCGCCCCACGCGCGCGCACAUACACACACUCGCACACACGUACUCCCGCGCGCGCGCACACACACACACUCACACACACUCGCACACACUCGCACAAACGCACUCGUACACGCCCGCGCCGCGAGCUGGCCGGCUUGCUCUCCCACGCAGGCAGCAUACAGCAGAGCCCGGGGAGCGUGUCCCACCGCUGCCUGGAUGCACCUCGCUGCCGGGCGCCAGACAGCCCAGUAGGGCUCAGGGAGGUCGCCCCACUACCAGAGCCUGGACAGUUUUAGACGGUGUAGCCUUGCUACAUGGUGUAAGCAAUGGCUGUAGGAAACAACACUCAACGAAGCUAUUCCAUCAUCCCGUGCUUUAUAUUUGUUGAGCUUGUCAUCAUGGCUGGGACAGUGCUGCUUGCCUACUACUUCGAAUGCACUGACACUUUUCAGGUGCAUAUCCAAGGAUUCUUCUGUCAGGAUGGAGACUUAAUGAAGCCUUACCCGGGGACAGAGGACGAAAGCUUCAUCACCCCUCUGGUGCUCUAUUGUGUGCUGGCGGCCACCCCAACUGCUAUUAUUUUUAUCGGUGAGAUAUCCAUGUAUUUCAUAAAGUCAACCAGAGAAUCUCUGAUUGCCCAGGAGAAAACAAUUCUGACUGGAGAAUGCUGUUACCUGAACCCCUUGCUCCGAAGGAUCAUAAGAUUCACUGGGGUAUUUGCAUUUGGACUUUUUGCUACUGACAUUUUUGUAAACGCCGGGCAAGUGGUCACGGGGCACCUAACACCGUACUUCCUGACGGUGUGCAAACCAAACUACACCAGUACAGACUGCCGAGUACACCACCAGUUCAUAAACAAUGGGAACAUUUGUACCGGAGACCUGGAUGUGAUACAAAAGGCUCGGAGAUCCUUUCCCUCCAAACACGCCGCUCUGAGCAUUUACUCCGCCUUAUAUACCACGAUGUACAUCACAAGCACAAUCAAGACAAAGAGCAGUCGACUGGCCAAGCCUGUGCUGUGCCUCGGGACCCUCUGCACGGCCUUCCUGACAGGCCUCAACCGGGUCUCUGAGUAUCGUAACCACUGCUCUGAUGUGAUCGCAGGCUUCAUCCUGGGCACUGCUGUAGCGCUGUUCCUGGGAAUGUGUGUGGUCCAUAAUUUUAAAGGAACACGAGGAUCUCCUUCCAAACCCAAACCUGAGGAUCCCCGUGGAGUACCCCUAAUGGCUUUCCCAAGGAUAGAAAGCCCUCUGGAAACCUUAAGUGCACAGAAUCACUCUGCCUCCAUGACCGAAGUUACCUGAGACCGCCGAUGUGUGUCAGCUGUUUUUUUUAAUCACCCUCCAAUUCAAUACGUCAAGACACACAGUUACUUGAUGUCAAACUGUGAAUACAAGUAUUAUGUUUAUCUAGUUAGAGCCUAAUGUUUUGUACAUUUUUUGUAUGAGAACGUGAUGUAGCUUGCCCUGAUUUUCUUUUGUCAGCUUUAAUAUAUUUAUGCCAGAAUUUUAAACCAACAACAUUUUCUUCUUGUUCAAGUGUGCAUUGGAGAACCACAUUUAUUCAAUGGUUGAUGUUGUUUUGUGAUAUUUGUACACAAACCUUCUUUUCUCAGUUUUAUAGGCACAGAAAUAAAAUUAUAACAAUUCACUUUAACCUUUUAUUACCACAGUUGCUGCCUCCAGCAGAAUUUUUGAAUUUUAAUGAAAGUUAACUUUUGAGUUGAAGGGAGGACAGUGCUGGUUAAUGGUAAAUCUCAAAAUCAAUGGUGCAAAGAGAUACUUCCAAAAAGAACUUUGUGUUCUGAUCGCUUAACCUGUUAUUGCAUUCCUAGUUAAAGUAAUGAAGACAUCUAGUUACAGAAAUAAUUGGCAGAGAAUCCUGGAUUUGAGGGGUCUUGGGGUUAUUAUGAUUCUUUCUUAGAUAAUGGGCUGUCCCAUCUAAGGAACUGAAAAUCUUUCUGGAAUCAUGUCCUUGGGCUGGCAGGUGACACUACAGCCUUCUUUCCAAAAAGUAGCCAGUACUAGCCUACCCUGUCAACUCAACAGUUUUGUAUAUCAUAUUGUAUGGACUUUAUAUGAAAAUGAAUAUUUUACAGUUUUCACAGUAUUAUUUUACAGAAAAGGUAUCAGAGCAUCUACAGCCUAGAGCCCCAGAGCAACAGCUUGACUUUGUGGCUUUUAAUUGUUCUAGAAUGUUAACUGCAUCUCAUUUUUCUAGCAUGAAAAUACCUAAUGUGUAACUCCUUUGAGAGAAGGAGCUCCCUCCUCUGUACCUAUCAGAAUGUUUUCUUGACACUUCCACAUUGGCUCUUAGCUUUUUUUUGUACAUAUUUUUUUUCUAAAGAGAAGAAAAAAAAAUUAUCAGAAAAUGUA